AAUUUAUCUUUUUUUCCCCUCUCGCUUUCUUUCCCUCGGACUUGUGCCACCCUUACAUAAACUGGGGAAGACAGGAGAGAAAAGCACUGAGCAAGAACAACAAGUUCAACGAUCCCCUGUUGCUGUCUCUGAUCGGCGAAGAACAAUGUCUGGUCCUCAGUGCUGCGAAAACCCACCGACCCUCGACCCGAAUUCCGGGUUGGGUCGUGUCGAGAAAUUCGGUGGCCUUGACACCUACAUCACCGGCUCCCCCAAUUCGAAUCGCGGGAUCCUUCUCGUUUCUGAUAUUUUCGGAUAUCAAGCUCCAAAUCUGAGGAAACUUGCAGACAAGGUUGCGGCCGCUGGAUUCUAUGUGGUGGUUCCCGACUUCUUCUAUGGAGAUCCCUAUAAUGGUGUGGAGGAUUAUGGGCCUAUUGCUGUCUGGCUGAAAAACCAUGGACCGUUAAAGGGAUUUGAGGACUCGAAGCCCGUGAUUGAAGCCUUAAAGUGUAAAGGCAUAACGGCCAUAGGAGCAGCCGGGAUGUGCUGGGGCGCUAAAGUCGUGGUGGAACUGGAUAAAACUGAACUUAUUCAAGCAGGCGUUUUUCUUCACCCUUCCUUCGUCACGGUUGAUGAUAUCAAAGAUGUGAAGGUUCCACUUGCUAUAUUAGGAGCCGAGUUAGAUCACGUCUCCCCUCCCGCACUCCUGAAGCAAUUCGAAGAAGUCUUAGCUUCUAAACCCGAGGUCAAGAGCUAUGUGAAGAUAUUCCCGGGAGUAUCGCAUGGUUGGAGCGUUAGGUACGAUACCAACGAUCCAGCAGCGGUUAAAGCUGCGGAAGAAUCUCACAAGGAAAUGCUUGACUGGUUCAUCACCUAUGUCAAAUGAGAGAAAGCUUGGACCCCGGUACUUACGUAUAGUUCAUCUGAAAGAAUAAGUUUCAGACACAGAAUAAGACUCUUGCUUCAUGUUUUGUGAGAAUGUCAUGUCAGAAGCUGGACAUAUACGUAUGUAUCUUUGUUUUGAGGUAUUUGUAUCGCUUGUGUACGUGUUUAUGAUUAUAUAUGGAAAGUGAUUUGCAGUAUUA